AUGUCGGAGAUGGAACUGGUCGGCGAGUGUCUCCCCUCCGUGCUCGCCAGCGCCGGCAGCAAGAAGGACACGCACUUCUCGAUGUCCCUCUACUGCAGCAGCAGCAAGGCUGACAGCAACGAAUCUCUCACCGUCACAUGGCCCCUGGACGCGAACGCCUACGCCCACACUAGCACCCAGGAUAACGUCAUCGGCACCGGCCACGUCGCCGCCAGCCUCAACCACAGCGUUCGCGUUGUCGUGGCGGGUCUCGCCGCGUUCGCGGGAUACAUCCUGGGCUACUGGGAGGUGGACCGACGGGACCUGAUGAACGUGUUCCACGAGGGGGCCAUCAUCUUCGUCCUCAUGGUGAUCUGCAUCAUCAGCUCCCUGAUCGUGUACGAUUGGCUCUUCUUCUUAGUCCGUAAGCACCUCCUCGGCAAGCGUGUGGACAGCGCCGAAGCAUCGCAGGCCAGCGGGCGCUCCGCCAGAGUCGGCGAGGAGUCCAAGAUGGACCUCGAGUCCUCCACCGUGGCCGGCGUCGGCAGCGUCACCUACAACGUCAACCCGGGCCGCGUACCCACGCAGGCCCUCCUGAUCCGGGAGGCCGAGCUCGCCAAAAAGAGCAACACCUCGUCCGUCAGGGUCCUGACCAGCGGACCCAACUCGCUCGUGGACGGCGUGCUCGCCGAGUCCCGCGCGAUCGACUGGAAGCUCUUCGACACCGAGGCGUUCUCGUUCGAGUUCUAA